AUACAAAUUGAAAAGAACAAAGAAUUUCAACAAAAUGUUAAAUUAUUACAAGACCAGGCAGAUCAAUUAGGGGAAUCUGAGACUUUAAAAAAAGCGAAAGAAGCUUAUGCUAAGGCUAGGGAAGAAACAAUACGGAGCUCCGAAAAACUUGACGGACUCAAAAAAUCUGUAGAAAAGAUUGGAACCAAAUUUUCGGACACGAUCAAAGAUGUUGGAGAAAAUCCAUAUGUUAAAGGAACAAUUAAAGGAACUCAAGAAACGACCAAGAUGUAUACAAACAUCCGUGAUACAUUGAAGGAAACUGUAGGAGAUGAUAUAUCUCAAUAUGGUGGAUUCAUUGAUAAGGAAACAAGGAGAAAAAUGAAGGAAGAAUCAACAAAAUAUGGAGCAAAAGCCAGACGAGCUAUUGAGAGAAACCCCGAAGCAGGAGCAUCUAUGAUACUUCAUAAAGAUUCAGCAUGGAAGGAAAGCUGGAAUAAGUUUAAAGAAAAUAAUCCAGUUAUGCGAGGCAUAUUUAACAUGAAAAGGAAUUAUGAAGAUAGUGACAAUGUCAUCAUUGCAUUUACUAGAGAUUUCACAGAUCGUAUUUCAUAUACAUUAGGAUCACUUUUUCAAGAGAAUGAAACGGCACAGGCGAUUACACAAUUAAAAAUGAUAGAUCCAGGAUUUAACAUUGAAGGGUUUAUGAAAGAAUUAAGGGAGUUUAUUAUACCAGAAAUAAUGGAGGCAUAUCUGAAAGGAGAUAUGGAAACUUUAAAAAUAUGGUGUUCAGAAGCAAUUCAGCAAGGUCUUGUAAGCGAUUCAAGGGUGCUGGAUAUUAGAGAUGUAGAG